AUGAGGCCACUGCCGUUUUGCGCUUUAAUUCUUCCAUUAUCCGCUGCACUGAAUCCAGAUACCUUGCUCGAUGGCUUCAAACGAGCAGUGGACUGUGACUCGUGCCACGCAUUGCUUGUCCCUCUGAAAGGACUUGCCGAGCUGGGAGACGGCACUUUCGUCAAGACAUUGGUAGCAACCUGCAAGAUCCUUCAUCUUGAAGACGACGACGUUUGCACCGGCGCAAUAUCCGAGCAAGGGCCCAUACUUGCCCAUGCACUGAGGAGUAUAUCGCCUUUUGGCAAAACCGCGACAAAGCUCUGCGAGGGAACGUUUGGACUCUGCCAAACACCUACUGUCAACGAAUAUACCGUCCCGCUUCCGGAUCGGGCUACUCGCGUUGCUGCUCGACCCAGCGGUAAGAAGCCAUUCCAGGUGGUCCAUUUCAGCGAUGUUCAUAUCGACCGUCAGUACGUGACUGACGCAGAUGCGGACUGUAACAAGCCGAUUUGCUGUCGGAAUUUCCCAGAGAACCUUGGUCCACCCAAAGAGCCAGCGGGUCCAUUUGGAAACCGUAACUGUGACAGUCCGGUCGUCCUCGCCAAGUCACUGCUCAAGAAAAUAUCGGCCAUGCAUGCGUGGAGCAUAUUCACAGGAGAUGUGGUCGAAGCCGCUGUUUGGCAGAUCAACAAGACUGAAGUAACAGGCGAUAUGAACUCCUUCAAUCACGCGCUUGAGUCUGUCUUGGGCAGUCCCGUAUUUCCUGCCAUCGGUAAGCUCAACAAACCACUCGGUAUGGCGGAAACUUACGAUAAGUCAUUGACAGGGAAUCAUGACGCGGCUCCUGCAAAUAACUUCCCAUUGAGCUCGAGCAGCAAAUAUAAUGCUCAAUGGGUGUUUGAUCUUGUUGGAAAGGAAUGGGCACACUGGACCGACAUUUCUGCUGCUAGAGAGGUUAAGCAUUUCUCUGGAAGCUAUUCUGUCGAGGUCCCUGGGACGAAUCUUCGUAUCAUAUCAAUCAACACAGUGUACUGGUAUAAACAAAAGUACGCAUCCACCUCUCAGGAGAUCUACCAGCUAACGAGUCGAAGCUUUUGGUUAUAUGCCUCAGAAACCCCACCAUAUGAUCCGCACGAAAUUUUGGCGUUUUUGGUGGAGGAACUACGCGAGGCUGAUAAGGCGGGUAAGCGUGUUUGGAUCAUCGGACAUAUGCCACCUGGGAAUCAAGACACAUUCAGCGACCAGGCAAGUGCAAGUUUCUCGAAUUACUACGACCAAGUGAUCAAGCAUUACUACGGCAUUAUAGCUGGGCAGUUUUUUGGCCAUACUCACUACGAUGAAUUUCAAGUCGCCUACUCCAAUUACGCAGAUCAGAAUGUUGAAACGGCGAUCAGCGUAGCCUGGAUAGGACCAGCGUUGACACCAAGAAGUGGAAAUCCGGCCUUCAAGGUUUAUGAUGUCGAUCCAGAGACAUAUGAGAUAAUGGAUGCUAAGGUGUACAUCGCUGAUAUGGCAAACCCUAAUUAUCAGGUUGAGCCCGAGUGGGGCUUGUAUUAUAGUGCACGAGAAGAAUAUGGGCAACUCUUGAACGCUCUUGAUUCAAGUACACCUCUCGAUGCUAAAUUUUGGCACGCGGUGACGGAAGCAUUCGAGAAGAACGAUACUGCCUUCCAGCGUUAUAACGAGUUCAAAACUCGGGGAGCGCAUAUUCAACCGUGUAACGAUACGGUUUGUAAAAAGACAGCGAUUUGUGGGAUGAGGGGUGCUAGGGCGGAAGACAACUGUCAUGUUGUGACGCCCACAACAACCUUUGGCGAUACGGAGCGACAAGACGUUUCGAGUCAGCAGUGCGAAGGGGCAGGAAUUGGCCAUCUUCUCCGUCUCCUGCCCAAUCGGCUUGGAAAUUUUUCUGUAGGUGGUAUACCUUCGUAG